GGCAGGUCAUUAUAGCCCUGAUGUCACUGCGACCCUGUGUUAUGACUCCUUCGCGUUAUAGUACCGUCCCGAACCGAACCCGAAUUGAACGAUGUGAUUGGGGUUGGUCCCAGGCGCGGUCCGAAGGGGGGGUCACAGGGGACAUGACCCCCCCCCAAAAUCUAAGGUACACCCUGUAUACUGGUUCUGCUAAGCAUGCAGGAAACAAGCAGGCGGAUGUCCUGAUGACGGGUCAACGCACGAGCACGUCAUCGCCGCUGCCGCCGCUGCCCCCGCCACCCGCGCCCCGCCUGCAACGGAGCCGCGGCCGAACUACGCAAGUGUCGCCGCUUGCCCAGCGUUCCAAAAACAAAGGGAAAAAGGAGGCCCCUGCAAAGGAGUGUCCUUCCUCCGAAAAGGAUCGAAAUUGCGAUGAUGAAGGGUUUAUAAGAGUGGAGAAGAAGAAGAAGAAACCCGUCGUCCGCAACCAUCGCGGCACCGCACCCGAAGGAUCCAAGCAGCUGUUGCGGCGUGAGACUCCCGCGACGCCGCUGUACGUGUCCAGGCUGCACUGGUCCACGACGGUCGAAUUCCUCUGCUGCAAGCUAAUAGCUGCUGAAACCUCCGGGGAGCAGCCCGAGGCACCGGGCGCUCUUCUACCGGGCAGGGCUCGUGCAAUGGGCAGCGGAUUCCCCAAUCCACCGCCCAAUCCCCGUUUACGGCGGGAGCUGGCGUUCGUGUAUAGCGCGCCUGCGCCCUCCGCGCCGUCUUUGAACGGGAUCUGCGGCCACGUCCGCUUCUCUUUCCCGUUCGGCAGCCUCUUUCUGCAAGAUGACGGCCUCGCAGAAGUCGGCUAUAGCGUCAUAUCCUUAGCUCGACCGAACCAUAGCUGUCACUAUGGCCGGGAGACUGAGGUCGUAUCCGAUGGUUGCGCAGAGCACCGCUCGUUGCUCCGCCCAUGCUGGGCAGUUCUCGAGCGUGUGCUGCGCUGUGUCGUCUCCGUGAUCGCAGUGGUGGCACUGCGUUGUCGGUUCUCUAGCCGUGCGAUGCAGGUAAUGGCCGACUUCAGUUUAUAG